AUGUACACAAUAGAGUUUCAGAAACGUGGUCUACCUCAUGCACACAUACUUCUGUUCAUGCAUCCCAACUACAAGCUUCCAACCACAGAUGAUAUAGACAAGAUUAUCUCUGCGGAAAUCCCUAAUAAAUCAACAGAGCCUGAUCUCUAUAAUGUUGUUAAAGAUAUGAUGAUGCAUGGACCAUGUGGAGCUGCGAAUAUGAAUUCUCCAUGCAUUGAGAAUGGAUUAUGCUCUAAGGGUUAUCCUAAACCAUAUGCAGAAAGGACUACCAUUAAUAGAGAUGGGUUUCCGGUAUAUAGAAGGCUUGAGCAAGAGGAAAACUAUGUCGAGAAGAGUGGAAUGAAAUGUGAUAAUCAAUGGUUUAUUCCUUACAAUAAGGAACUCUCUCUUCGUUACCGAGCUCACAUUAAUGUUGAAUGGUGCAACCAAGCCGGCUCAAUUAAAUACUUAUUUAAGUAUAUUAAUAAAGGUCAAGAUCGUGUUACGGUUGCUAUGGAACCUCCUGACCAUGUUGUUAUGAACCAGAUGGGAAGUGUGGACGGUAGUGUGGAGAAAAAAAAGGAUGAAUUCAAAGAUUUCUUUCAUUGCAGAUAUGUUUCUGCCUGUGAAGGUGGCUGGAGAACUUUCAGUUUUCCAAUUCAUUAUCGAUCUACUGCAGUAGAGAAGCUUAGUUUUCAUCUGCCUGGAAAACAACAUGUUAUAUUUAGAGGUAAAGAUAAGAUGGAGGCAGUGCUUAGUCGUAAGCUCAUUGAGAAUACAAUGUUCUUAGCAUGGUUUGAGUUGAAUAAGAUCGAUUCACUUGCUAAAACCCUCACAUAUGCCCAGAUACCAAACUUCUUUACUUACGAUAAGAGUAAGAAGAAAUUUCACAGAAGGAAAAGGGGAUUUGCUCUUGGGAGGAUUAACUAUGCUCCACGUAAACAGGAAGAUCCAUAUUAUCUCCGGGUAUUGGUGAACAUUGUAAGAGGUCCUACAUGUUAUGAGGAUAUAAAAACUUUUGAAGAUGUUCUUUAUGAAAGUUACAAAAAAAUAUGUGCUGCACGUGGCUUAUUAGAUGAUGAUCACGAGUACAUUGAUGAUCUGUUGAGGAGAAGUUAUGAUAGCUCUGUGAGUGAUUUACGGCAGUGUUUUGCUAUGAUGCUUAAUAAUGACAGUUUAUCAUCACCGGAGAAUGUUUGGGAACACACAUGGGAGUGUUUAUCUGAAGAUAUUGAGUUUAACCGAAGAAUAUAUUUCAAUCGACCAGGACUUGUGUUGAGUGAUGAGGAGAAGAAAAACUAUGCUUUACAAGAGAUUGAAAAGCUUUUGAAGCACAAUGGGGAUUCACUUGAGAGAUUUACUAAUAUGCCAAAGGUUCCACAAUCAAGUACUAGCGAUUCAAAUGUUCUUAUACUAGAUGAGCGUAGUAUUCACGCGAAGCAUUGUUGGAAACCCUUGAAAGAGAUGUCCCAAAGAUGA